AUGUAUGCGCAGUCCGAUUUGCUUCUUUCGAAAUCUGGCGCUCUACCUAGAUACACAACCUCAACGCUUUUGCAAUUUCUCAACGAAGCAAUUGCUGAGGCACCUCAGUGCCUGCCGGAUAAUGACCCUGUCGGCAUUCCUAUGUACGCGAUCUUGAAGCAAUUUGUGGAGAAACCCAAGGUCAAUGCGCAGAUUCAGAAGAUCUUCAGAGUCUGGACGAGGUUCCUCGUCUCCCCUUCAUCGCGCAAAACCCUCACCACUGAUAUGGACGAGUGGUUUGGCCCGCACGGGUCGCAGCUGAUGCCCGAUUUCGUGCAAGAUUUCGCUUGCGCCAACAGACAAUCUGGUCGUUGGCGAUUGGGAGAGGUUUCGACGUGUGAGAUCACGGUCUCGAAAAACGACAGGGUCAGGAAGGGGGAUGAGAUCGGCAUGUUCCACUUCGGAGGCUCUACUCAUUGCCUCAUCUUCAGCCCUGAUGUCAACCUCCACUUCGUCAACGCCCUUGGGGGUGAUCUCCUCCCAGACGACAAGCUCGUCAUCAAUACUAAACUCGCGGAAGUGAUUACCGGCGAGUCGUUCCACUGCGGUCAGCAUUGA